AUGUUGGGAAGAAAAGAGCCUGGAGGUUGUGGAAUGGAAACACUGCUUCGUGCUCCUAUUCAGGUCCAGCUGCAGCAGCCAGAGGGCUUGGAAAUGGAACCUACUUAUGAAAAAAAGUAUGGAAAUGAUCAAACAGUCAUCUUCUCAGAUGAAAAUCAAAUGGACUUGACAGCUAGUCAUACUGUGAUGAUUACAAAGGACCUCUUAAAUUGCCCUGAAAUCGGAAAGUCCUCCAAAAUAGACACCAGAUCCUUUCUGGCCAACUUAAAGUCUCAUACUGAAGAUGUAACCAAGAACAAAGAAUUUAAUUUGUCCACUGAUUCUGACAAAUGUUCUUUUCAGUCUAAGACAAGUAUCUCUUCAGAAGAUAAAGUUAAUUUCAAUGACUUCAUAAAAAGAUUGAAAUUAGAAAAAUCUAUGAGUUCCUAUACUGAAGGACCUGAUAAAGAAAAUGUCUUUAUAGCCCACAUCCCUUCUAAAGAACCAAACAAUGAUGCCUUUUCUCUGCUAAAGUAUGUAUUUCCUACUACAGAAAAGAAUAGUCACUGUGUUACUAAACUCUUUAGAGAACAAGGUGAUGGAAAGUAUAUCACCCAGUGUCAUACAGACAAUAUUCAGUCCUUGGAUUCUAUUCAAGGUGAUAAGACAAUUUUCUUUUCUAAUAAUGAUGAUGCCAUGGAAAUGACCAAAAGUCUUACACCCAAAAGAGAUGAUAAAAGUGUAUAUAUCAGUAAUUUAACUCAAAUAUAUUCUAAUCCAGAGAAUGCUAUCUCUGGUCCUAUGGAUAAAACUGUUUGUUCAGAAGAGGUUGAUAUGGACAUUACUAAGAGUAACACAGUUGCUAUACAUGAUCAGAUUAUAGAAUUAUGUCCAACUAAUGUACAAGUUCUUUCUCUCCCAAAUCUUGAAAAUAAGCUACUAUUUCAGGAUCAGGAGACUGUUUCAGAGGAUAUAAAGCAGAAUACAAACUGCAAUUCAGUUUAUGUAACUAGGACACAAUUACAGCAGGAUCUGACAAAUCCUUUAAAUGUUUCAUUGUGUGGUAACAAGACUGUUGUCUUCUCAGGUGAAGAUAUGGAUUUGACCAAGUGUUUUACAGUCAAGAUUGAUAACAGCAAUUUAGAAACUCAGUUACCUCCGACUUCAGCUAAUGUUUUGGCUUCUGUGAAAACCAAAAAUCCUCUUUCUCCCAGUAAUGAACCUUUAUCUGGUUUAGAAACAUGGGGAAAAUGGAUAUAA